AUGGAUUACGUCUUGCCGGGCAACAUCUCCGAGGAGGACUUCCUGGCGAUCGUGGGCGGCUCGAACGGGUCGGCGGCGUUGGGCGGCAUCGCUGGAACCAUGCUGAACGACUCGCUGGUGGCGGCCGCCACCUCGGCAGCCGCUGCGGCUGGCGCGGGCGCCGGUGUUGGGGCGGGCGGCGCCAACCUGACCAUCGUGCACGGGACCUACCCGAGCGGCUACACGCUCCCGCACAUCAUCGUCGCCUCGAUCAUCGUCACGAUCCUGAUGAUCGUGAUCGUCGUCGGCAACAUGCUGGUAAUCAUUGCGAUCGCGACCGAGAAGACGCUCAAGAACAUCCAGAACUGGUUCAUCGCGUCGCUCGCCGUCGCCGACUUCUUCCUCGGGCUCGUCAUCAUGCCGUUCUCGCUCGCGAACGAACUGAUGGGCUACUGGAUCUUCGGCAACUGGUGGUGCGACGUGCACUCGGCGAUGGACGUGCUGCUCUGCACGUCGUCCAUCAUGAACCUGUGCCUGAUCUCGCUCGAUCGCUACUGGAGCAUCACGAAGGCGAUCGAGUACCUGAAGUCGCGGACACCGGCCCGGGCCGCGUUCAUGAUCGCCGCCGUCUGGAUCAUGUCCGCGCUCGUCUGCAUCCCGCCGCUGCUCGGCUGGAAGGCGCAGCGCCCCGAGGGCCACGUCGAGCUGCCCCAGUGUCAGCUGAGCCAGGACAUAGGGUACGUGCUGUACUCGGCCCUCGGCUCGUUCUACAUCCCGAGCUGCAUCAUGGUGUUCGUCUACAUACGGAUCUACUUCGCGGCAAAGGCUCGGGCCCGGCGCGGCAUCCGCAAGAAGCCACUCAAACCACCGAGCGAACAGGAUACGAGUUUCACACGCAACGCCGGCACCGUCCCGAUGCCAUCACUUCCCAGUGCCUCUAGCAAUAACAAUCAGUCGGCACAGCAGCAGCAGCAGCAGCUCCUGGCGCCCGGCAGCAACGGGGGCGUCACGCAGCAACAGAUAGCGACGAUAGAGCCGCCGCCGCGCACCUCCCCGUCGAUGCCACCGAUCCCGGUGGUGACGUGCGACUUCGCCUCGGACAUGUCGACGAGCGAGGCGGCGACGGCCGAGCAGGACAACCACCACGGGCAGCCGCCGGACAAGGACACGCUCAAGGUGGCGGUGCCGGGCGCGGGCCAGCCCCCGUCCCCAGGGGCCGGGGCAGGCCGACCGGGUUCGGACGGGGUGUCACCGGUGACGAUCGCCGGCCGGAACCGUGCCCUGUCGGUCGGGAUCGACACCGACAUGGUGAGCGAGUUCGACCCGUCCAGCUCCGACUCGGGCGUCAUCAGCCGGUGUGCGGUGGUGAAGCCGCUCAAGUUUCGCCUCUGCCAACCGAUCUUUGGCAAGGGCAAGUCGAAGAGCCGCCAGGCGAAGGGCGCCGCCACUAGUCCGGGCGGUGGCCGUGGGACCAACUGCACCCAGCCAAUGCUGGCCGCUGCUGGUGAAGCGGGAGGCACCGGUGGUGGCGAUGGUUGUGCAGGUCAGCACGCAGCCAUCUCGCAGAUGAUCGCUAGCAAGCAGCAGCAGCAGCAGCAACAGCAGCAGCAGCAACACGAUAGUGGCUGCAGUGAGCUGGAACCGGCCCUACCGAAGCCGAAACCGCGCGACCCGGAGAAGGAGAAGCGGCGGAUCGCGCGAAAGAAGGAGAAGCGGGCCACGCUCAUCCUGGGGCUGAUCAUGGGCAGCUUCAUCGCCUGCUGGCUGCCGUUCUUCUUCCUCUACAUCCUGGUGCCGAUAUGCCCCGACUGCCACAUACCGGACAGUGCGUUCUCGCUCGCCUUCUGGCUCGGGUACAUGAACUCCGCGCUCAACCCGGCCAUCUACACCAUCUUCAACAAGGACUUCCGGCGGGCCUUCCGGCGCAUCCUGUUCAAGUGA